AUGUCAACACUUCCAGCAGUAGUUCUUGAUAAUGGUACGGGAUAUACAAAAAUAGGAUAUGCAGGAAAUACAGAACCAAGUUAUUUAAUUCCAUCAUUAAUUGCUGUAGAUUCAAAAGCAGAUUUAACUACAGCAACAAAAUCAACAGAAGAUUUUGAUUUUUAUAUUGGACAAGAAGCUGAAAAUGCACCAAAAUCAUAUACAAAAACAUUCCCAUUAAAACAUGGACAAAUCGAAAAUUGGACAUUAAUGGAAAUGUAUUGGGAACAAGCUAUUUUUAAAUAUCUUCGAUGUGAUCCACAAGAUCAUUAUUUCCUUUUAACUGAACCACCAAUGAAUCCACCAGAAAAUCGUGAAUAUUUAGCUGAAGUCUUUUUUGAAACAUUUAAUGUUCCAGGAAUGUAUAUUGCAGUUCAAGCAGUUUUAGCUAUUGUUGCAUCAUGGUCUAGAAAAGAUAAUAAUCCAGCAAAUGCAAGAUUAACUGGUACAGUUAUUGAUUCAGGAGAUGGAGUAACUCAUAUUAUUCCUGUUGCUGAUGGAUAUGUUAUUGGAUCAUCAAUUAAAAGUAUUCCAUUAGCUGGAAAAGAUAUUACUGCAUUUAUUCAACAAAUGCUUGUUGAAAGAGAAGAACCAAUUCCAGCAUCUGAACGUAUGGAAAUGGCAAGAACAAUUAAAGAAAAUUAUUCAUUUGUUUCUAAAGAUAUGGCUAAAGAAUUUAAUAUUAUGGAUUCAGGAAGUGAUCCAAAAUCAUCAUUUAAGAAACAUCAAGCCAUUGAUCCAAUUUCAAAGAAACCAUAUACAUUUGAUGUUGGAUAUGAACAAUUCCUUGCACCAGAAUUAUUCUUUAAUCCAGAAAUUUUCUCAUCUGAUUUUACUACACCAUUAGCAGAUCUUGUUGAUGAUUCUAUUCAAUCAUGUCCAAUUGAUUGUAGAAGAGAUCUUUAUAAGAAUAUUAUUUUAUCAGGUGGUUCUACUAUGUUUAAAGGUUUUGGACAUAGAUUACAAAGAGAUGUUAGAAGAUUUACAGAUUUCCGUACUCAAAAAGCUGUUCAAUUAUCAGGUGGUAAAUUACAACCAAAACCAAUAGAAGUUAAUGUAGUUUCAUAUCCUUAUCAACGUUAUGCUGUUUGGUAUGGUGGUUCUGUUAUGGCAGAACUUCCAGUUUUUGUUCAACACUGUCAUUCUAAGGCAGAGUAUGAAGAAAAAGGACCAUCAAUUUGCCGUUAUAAUCACGUUUUUGUUGCUUGCUAA